GAGAGAGCUAUCGAGGAGAAGCUCUCCCAGGAGCCAGGAGCCAACCAUUUCAGUCGCGACCAGUACUAGUAACUCGGCAAAAUAGCUAAGUCCAUUUUGCAGUUCUUAAAAAAGAAAAAGUCCCAUCAUAGUUCGGCAUCCGGCGAGGGCAAGCUACAGGCGCAGUCCAGUUGUGAGGAGGAGGGCGGAGCGGCAGGAGCGGGAGCGGCAGCGGACCAGGCUAGCAGCAGCAGCAGCGGCCCAUCGGCAGCAGCCACCGCCGCCGCCAGCCAGAAGAGCACGCCCCCCGCAGCCACGAGCACGUCCACUUCGGCAGCGGAAGCUAGCGGAGGAGCAGCUGGAGUAGGUGGAGGAGGAGGAGGAGGAGCAUCCGAGUCCGAUCAGCAAGCUCAGGUCUCGACCAGCGCCACGUUCCGUCUAUCCUCGUUAACGGGCACAAUCUCCAAGAUGGGCAACAACGCUACCACCUCGAACAAGAAGGUCGAUGCCGCCGAAACGGUGAAGGAGUUCCUCGAACAGGCCAAGGAGGAGUUCGAGGACAAGUGGCGCCGCAAUCCGACCAACACCGCCGCCCUCGACGACUUCGAGCGGAUCAAGACACUGGGCACCGGGUCCUUUGGUCGGGUGAUGAUCGUCCAGCAUAAGCCCACGAAAGACUACUACGCCAUGAAGAUUCUCGACAAGCAGAAGGUGGUGAAGCUGAAGCAGGUGGAGCACACGCUGAACGAGAAGCGCAUCCUGCAGGCCAUCCAGUUCCCCUUCCUAGUCUCGCUGCGCUACCACUUCAAGGACAACUCCAACCUCUACAUGGUGCUGGAGUAUGUGCCCGGCGGUGAGAUGUUCUCCCACCUGCGCAAGGUGGGCCGCUUCUCGGAGCCCCACUCGCGCUUCUAUGCGGCGCAGAUCGUGCUGGCCUUCGAGUACCUGCACUACCUGGACCUCAUCUACCGCGAUCUGAAGCCGGAGAACCUGCUGAUCGACUCGCAGGGCUACCUUAAGGUGACGGACUUUGGAUUCGCCAAGCGGGUGAAGGGACGCACCUGGACGCUAUGCGGCACACCGGAAUACCUGGCGCCCGAGAUCAUCCUCUCGAAGGGUUACAACAAGGCCGUCGACUGGUGGGCGCUGGGCGUGCUGGUCUAUGAAAUGGCCGCCGGGUAUCCGCCGUUCUUUGCGGACCAACCGAUCCAGAUCUACGAGAAGAUCGUGUCCGGCAAGGUGCGCUUCCCGUCGCACUUCGGGUCCGAUCUGAAGGACCUGCUGCGCAACCUGCUGCAGGUCGACCUGACCAAGCGCUACGGCAAUCUGAAGGCGGGCGUCAAUGAUAUUAAGAACCAGAAGUGGUUCGCCUCCACCGACUGGAUUGCGAUCUUCCAAAAGAAAAUCGAGGCGCCGUUCAUUCCCCGGUGUAAGGGCCCCGGCGACACCAGCAACUUUGAUGACUACGAGGAGGAGGCGCUUCGGAUCUCCAGCACAGAGAAGUGCGCCAAGGAGUUUGCUGAAUUCUAGAAGAAAACCUUUGCCGCAUCCUUCGCAUCUGCAACUGCAACAAAAGC